AUGGUAGAGACUGCGCAAGGGCAUGAUAAGGAGACUACCCCUGGACCUGUAAAAGCUACCAAGAGGAUAAAAAAACUAAAGGCUUCUAAACACAACUUGGGCACCUCAAAUUCUGGAGCAAUUGAAGGAGAUGCUGAUCCUUCUUUAUCUUCAUUAAGCCACUGCCGCUAUGACAACUCACUAAGUCUGCUGACAAAGAAGUUCAUCAACCUGCUUCAAGGAGCUGAAGAUGGGACCCUUGAUUUAAACAAAGCAGCUGAGACAUGCUUGUUAACAGGUCAGGCUCAGGCUCAGGUAGGCAGCGGGCAGGCGGAGGCAGCCUGUCGUCGUCUAUUUUUGACAAAAGUGUUGACUAUUUGUGUAUUAUUUGAAUGA